AUGACUAAUCACUCUACUCUGUGGUUAAAUAUGGCGUCAAGUGAAGAACCGGGUGAGAAGAAAAUUUCACAAAUAUUUGAUGAAGGUAUGAAGAUUUUUGAAGAUGUAUCGAAAACUAGUGAAGCUACAAAUAGCAGUACUGUUCAAGUAAAGGUUAAGAAAGCGAUGCGUUUAUUUGAAGAAGCUACAGAAUUAGUGUCCAUGGCAGGAAUAUUCAGUUCUAAUGAAAGCAUAGAAGAAGUUGCCACAAAUAAUAUUAGAUACUUUCUCCUUCCUGCCCUUUUGGGAACUCUUAGCUUGAAACUCUGUGUUGAAGACCGUUUCAAUGUUGUGGAAACUGCAGAAAUUUAUUUCCGUGAUUUUUUGAGACGUUGUAAGAGCUAUGCUAUUGUUGAUGUUGGAAUACCGGAACCUAAAGAAAAUUCAUCUGAAUCUACUGAAUCUGUACAACAGUCUCAUGCUGCUGAUCUAGCAGCUAUGUCAAGACAACGUAAUUCAAAGCUUCAGCGUUAUAGGGAACAAAAGCAGUUGGAGAGUGAGCUAGAAGAUAUAAAGAGAUCACUUUCCAGUAUGAGUAUAGUUGAUGAAGAAGUUGAAAGAAAAUAUUACUUGACAUUAAUUAAAAACUUUGCCAUCCAGGCUGUGGAUGAACUUCAUAGCAUUGAAAUGGAAAAACCACUAUUGGAAUAUAUGGCUAAGGUUAGGAAAGAUGAACAUUUUACGAGUGCAGGUGAUAAAGUUAAAAAAGGGAAAUUUCCUCCACCAAAACCUUUGCAGCCAUUUAUUAUAACAAAAAAUGAGGUUCAGAAGAAGGUGUUUGGUGCUGGGUAUCCAAGCCUUCCUGUAAUGACUGUGCAGGAGUUUUAUGAGAAGCGAGUCAAGGAUGGAGACUGGCCAGACCCAAGUAAACAGAAGCCAGCUUCACUGCUAGAAAUGGCAGCGAUGGGGGACCCAAACCGUGUCUCUGAAGAGGAAGACGCAGAGAAGGAGAUGAGAAUGGAAAGGGAUGAUCCAAAGCUAUUAAAAGAUGCCAGAGACUGGGAUGAAUACAAGGAUGAUCAUCGUAAGGGUUGGGGUAACAGGAUGAAUCGCAGCUAAGGACACUGGAAGGACGCGAAUGCCGCGUGAUUCUGGAUCAUGUUUUCUGGGAUUCUGAAUCAGAUUGUAAAACAUUUGAUGAAUUGUUGUGAUGUCUUUUCUCAACUUUUAUUGUCCAUACACAAAAUUGUUAAAAAGCAGGAACUGAAGUUGAUAUAUUCACGUCUGUAAUGACGCUGAGUUGGUUUUCAUGCGUUUACCUUGUGUCAGACCACGCUGUACUUCAGGUGGAGUAGGAUUUGUUUUAAAUGUCGCUGAAAAUGAGAGGAAUUGUUGACUUGUUCUCGUAUCCAAACUUCUUUUUCGAUAUCUCUCAUCUUAGAUGCUCGUAAUGAUACUGGAAUCGCUAGAUAAUUUGGUUCUUGUAUAAUUUACUCAUUCGUUUGGUCAGAAGAAAUUCUUAUUUGUUGCUCAGUUCAUUGCAUGUUUGUAAAAGUUCGUUACACUUCCGCGAGACGGUGAAAUUUGUCUGUCGUUAUGAUUGUCCCUUGACUUUUGUGGCAGUAUCACAUGUUUGGUGUGAUUUCCUCGUAAACGGCUGACAGUUUCACAUUUAGCGAUGGAUCCACGAUCAAGCAAUUAUGACCCGCUUCUCUCAUCCCUUAUAUUACAGAAGAGCUUGAAGCGACAGCCAUAUUUACGGACACACAACGUAGUUGUUUUCUUGACUUUGUUCAUUCGUUGUUGAUUUAUUGUGCUUCAGUAAACUACGUUUGAUGAGAAAUAAAUUGCAGAAUUCAA